AUGAACACGAGAGGUCAUAAAAACCUCAAUUUCUCAUCCCGUCAUACUUAUAAUUACUUCCCGAUCCUUCCAUCACCGCUUGCUUUAUCCUCUCUCAAAUCGACUCUCCUCCCUUUCUUCUACAGUCUGCUCCCUCCACUACCGACUGAUCCGUCAUGUUUCAGGAUUACAUCCCUGAUCCUCACACAGUUGGCGUUGAUCUCCUUCGGACGAGGGUCGGGCGGUGGAGAAGAAGACUUCGAAAGCUUUAACGGUUGUACACCACCACAGUCACCGGUCAGCUUGCUGAGUGGAUUUCUUCUACAACUUUUCUUCCAGGUUUUGAUUGCAACUAUCAAUGAUACAGAUUGCAAAUACCAGUGGGAACUCCUCGCCCCUACCAAAGAAGAUUUUGAUUACAGCCGUUCACGAUCAGAAUGUUACUAUAAAGCAAUGAUAAGUUGUGUGAAUGAUAAUAUAAGAACUAUUAUUGAUUUUCAUAUCCUAAAGCAUUGGAAGAGAUUGUCGACAAGUAUAUGGAAGACGAUGGAACUGAGAUAUGAUUAUAUUUGUGGAAUUGAAAGCCAAAGCCAAAGCAUUGCAAGAUUAAAGAGCUGCAAAAGAAGAAGCAACAGCAGCUAUGGCAGAGAGUCAAAGAAAGGCUGUUGAGGCUUUGACUGUUUCCAAGGAAGUAGUCAAAGAAAGUCAUUGGAGUUCAUUGCAGGGAAUGUAGUAAAACAGUUUAAAAAUAAAAAUUAUAACUGGGACAAAAGAGAAUGUGAGAUGUGUUGUGUAGAUUUUUUUUAACAUAAACCAAUUAGUGGAUUAGCAUAGGUAUGUAACAGUUACCACAACAUUACCAACAAAUGUUUGCUUAAUCACUUACGCAAACUCCAAUGACUGGAUUAGCGCAGAAUCAAUUGUCACAGCCGCAUGAUUUGCAGGGUCAACAUCAACAAAACAAAAAUAUCAGUCUACGGAGGUUGGCAAUUUCAGUGACCUUUUGGGGGCAAAUAUUUAUUGUUUGGAUUCCGGGAUAUUUAAUAUUUUGACGAUGAUAUCAUAUUACUUUUCGGUUUGUUAUAUGAAUCUCAACAAUAUCCUUCCCUACAACAAAGGUUAAAAGGAUUUCAAGAGAAAUUGGAGGUGUCAUUUAUGGAUAUUCAAUCUUGGACCUUACAUGGGAACCAAUUCAUUUCUGAAAUAAGUUCUCAGCUCUAGGAUUUCACAUAUUGACAACAUCUUCUGUAAGGGGCUCAGCAGAUUCGAUAUUCAAAGGUCAUAAGACGAUAUGAAACCAUUAUCAUGGCUGUAUAUCGUAUCUCAUUUUUUAUGUAAAGAAAUAUAAGUACAUUGCUAUUAUGAGAAAACUGGACAAAUCUAAGUCCAUUGUUGCUAUGGGUAAAAAAAAAGGCAAAAACAUCUGAUCCGUGCAACGCACGGGCAUCUUUCCUAG